AUGAGGAAUUCGAUGAGCAAAAGAGAUCCUAACAAAUAUUGUAAAUUUCAUAAAGAUAUUGGGCAUAAAACCGACGAAUGUCACCAAUUGAAAGAUGAGAUAGAGAGUCUUAUCGUUCAAGGCCAUUUUAAGCAGUAUGUGAGAAGACAGGGCCACGGAUACAACAAGCCCCGUCAGCCUGAUAACCAAAAUAACCAAGGGUUACAACCUAUUCCUGUGGAAGGAGAGGAAAUCCUGGUUAUUUCGAGAGGGUCACAUUUUUUAAGGGAAAGAAAUAACGCUCAGAAGAGAUACUUGAAGGAGAUAAAGAACGAGCAGUCGGUCUUUUCCCCAGAACCUUCCAAGAAGGUGAAAACUGAGGAACCUCCCAUUACGUUCACGGAGGAAGACGAGAAGAACGUGAGAUACCCUCAUGUCGAUCCGCUUGUCAUAACCAUUCAACUUGCCAUUAAGAGGAUCAAGAGAGUGUUAAUAGACAAUGGGAGCUCAAUAAAUAUCAUUUAUAAGGAGACUCUAAAGAAAAUGGGGCUCGAAAAGGCCAAGUUAAGGACUUGUAUGGUGAAUCUUUGCAGACUCACCGGGGAUAGCAUUGCUAGCCUUGACAUAAUCGAGCUUGCAUUAACUGUAGGAGAGGCACCUUUAACUGCUACUGCUAUGCAAGACUUCUUGGUUGUCGACCUGCCUUUGGCUUACAACAUACAAUUGGGUCGUCCAGCACUGAUCGGACUAAGGGCACUAAGUUCAAUUAAGCACCUGUCUUUAAUGUUCCAAACACCAGAUGGUGUUGGAGUGGUGCGUGGCGACCAGAUGUUGGCUUGUAAUUGUUAUCGCAUAGAGUUGCAGUAG